AUGGCACGCCUUCUUCAGUCCUCCCUCCUUCUCGCGGCCGUCCUUGCCGGCUUCAGCAUCGCCGUAGACCCGGAGGAGAUUUACGACGGCGGUUAUGGGAACAGCACCAACUCCUCCAUCCUCCUGAACAUUGGCAACGGAGGUGCAGGCCAAAGUGGGCUGGUUAAAGAACUCGCCGACGCAUUCAUCAAGGACAGCGUGGCCAAUGGCAGCGACCCCUUCCAGGUUGCCUGGUACAAGAGCGAUACCACGGUGAGCAUCCAGUAUCUCAAGUCUGGGAUUGUCGACGUGGGCAUCACCUACAGUCCUGCCGCCGAGGAGAUUGCCAUCAACCAGGGUAUCGCCAAAUCCCCGAGCUACUACGCGUUCCGCGACCAUUUCAUAAUCGUUGGGCCUCCAUCCAAUCCGGCAAACAUCUCCAACUCGUCGGACAUCUUGACCAUAUUCUCUACACUGCAUGAGGCUGCCGAGGCGGCAACGUCGACCCCGCCUGUGAGAUUCCUCAGCCGGUACGACAAGUCGGCGACAAACAUCAAAGAAUCAGAUUUAUGGAUCAGCAUUGGGCAGGUGCCAUGGGCAACAGCCUACUCCACCUGGUACCACCAGUACAUCGCCUUCCCCAUCCAGGCCCUGACGGCGGCAAUCCUGCUAGACGAAUACACCCUUACCGACAGGGGCACCUUCCUGUCGCUGCCCGCCAACAUGUCGAGUCAGACCACCAUCUACAAGGCAUCCACCGACGACGCCGACGACCCGCUGCUGAACCCCGCCCACCUCUUGGUUGGCGAGAAGGCCCCGAACCCUGAAACGGCUAAGACGUUCGCCGAAUGGCUGGUGAGCAAGCGCGGACAAGACGUCAUCACCGGCUUCAAGAAGAACGGUCAGCAGCUGUACAGCGGUGCCCCAAUAGACUCAACAUCCGAAGCACGAAGAUAG